GCUGACUGCAGAUCCAUGAGUUCUGAUGACUAAUGGUACACCCUGGUUCAAGCUUCUAGAAAAAUAGCAGUAGGAAUGAGGCCGAAUUGAGUAGGGAGAGACUGGAUUCCAGGGAUAAGGCUUGCCCAAUCCUGGCCCUUAUUCAGAGGCCAAGCCAGGUUCUAAGGGGAGCUGAGGAGUAAGGGGGAGGAGGUGUCAAUGUAAGGGGCCUAUGCCUUUUAUUGGAGAAACAAUUACAGCCAAAACAGCUGCUACCCUUCGACUACAACACAUCUCACUGUUUUGCAUUUACACUAUCAUCUGUAUUUUCAUCCUUAAAAAUUUUGAAAACACUCCCCAAACUUUUAAGAAUGAAUGAAGGGAAAGCUACUUUUGCCCCUCCACAAACACACCAAGUAGGCUUUGCCUCUGAUUGCACAGCUCUAUGCAAGUCUCCAACAUAUCCCCAUAAGGAACUAACUACCCUUAGAAAGCCACAAAGGAUCAUCCUUGGGUUUGGAAAGCGACGCCUUAGGCCAGCGGAACCUUAAAAACCGGGCUGAGGCGGAAUGGAAUCAGAAGGGAAACGCGGACUUCCCAGACCGCGCCAGGUUUAAGACUUCCGCCCCGCAGAGGGCUUGCUUCCACUCCCACGCUCCACGUCCGCCAGGUUCCAGUCUGCGCAGUCUCCGGGAAUUAUUUGCCGUCUCUAUGACAACCUGGUAGCUGGUGUCUGAAGAUGGAGACUAACCCAUCUACCGACGAAACGGAGACGCGGUCUUUAGACGUACAGCCCAGCUCCGGAGACCUGGGGUCCACUUCGGAACAGUUUCCUUCUUCAGAUGGCGGUGCUAGGUCUGCCCUGACAGCCGCAGCAACUGCAGCGGCUGCAACAGCGGCAUCAGCUGCUGCAGCCGCCUCCACCGCCAAAGCAGCUGCAUUCUCUACAAAGACACCAGGGCCCUACUCUCAGUCCAGCCGUCUCACCCAGGCCUCCUCUGACCUCAGUCGUCCAGGGGAACCCUCCUCUGAAUCCAGCUUUACCCAAAGGAUAGGCUAUGAGAGUCAUGGCUUUGAGCCCGUCUAUGUUUCCUGUAUUGCUGAGGACCCUUGUACCACAACCGACCUUACCUCUAGCUCUGUCCCUGUUCCUGGCUCUACCUCUGGUCCUGUUCCUGGCUCUAGCUCCAGUCCUAUUCCUGGCUCUAGCCCUAGUCCAGUUCCUGGCCAUGGCUCUGGUCCGGUUUCUGGCCAUAGCUCUGGUCCAGUUCCUGGCCAUGGCUCUGGCCCUGACACUGGCCCUAGUCCUGUCGCUGACUCUGGGCCUUGUCCAGGCUCUGGCCCUGAGCUCAGCUCCUACGCUGUUCCAAGGUUCAGAAGCCUCGGGGCAGAUCUGGCCCCUGAUUAUGCCACCUGGAAUGACCACAGCAACUGGGAUCCUCUGAAACCACCAUCCUGGAAAUUUUUGCAAGUUCCAGAACCUGGUGCACGAGGCCUAUGGAAGCCCCCAGAGGUUGAAGGGAAAUGUAAAGUGCUCUGUGAAGCAUUGCCACGGGGCCAGUGCCUACUCUACAACUGGGAGGAGGAGAGAGCCACCAACCACCUGGAUCAAGUUCCAAGCAUGCAGGAUGCCUCUGAGAGUUACUUCUUCCGACAUGGACACCAGGGACUGCUGACCCUGCAGCCACAGUCACCCAUGCCCACCAGCACCACCCAGAAGGAUUCAUACCAGUCCCCAGGAAGCCUCUGCCAGCCACUUCGAGGGAAGCGCGAAGCCAGGCUGGAGAUGCUCCUGCACCACCAGAUCUGUAAAGAGGUACAGAGAGAACAGGAACCCACAAAGAAGCUUUUUGAGGUCAAAUCGGUGACACACCAUGACUACCGAAUGGAGCUGGUGCAAGCAGGGCCUCCUGCCCCCACAAAGCCUCAUGACUACUGUCAGGAACAGCCUGAAACCUUCUGGAUACAGAGGGCACCACAGCUACCGGUACAUGAGGGUGACUGGGUGUUGGGGGUGGGAGAAAAGAAAGAGGGGGAAGAGGCUGUUCUGUCUGGCUUGGUGGAAGUGGGGGCUGUGGGGCAGGGCAGGAUCUGUCCUCAUUCCUCAUUUUGGCAUUCCUUCAGGGUGUCAGUAAUAUCAAGACACUGGAUACACCAUUCCGGAGGAACUGCACCUUCACAACACCAGUGCCCUUAUCCCUGGGGCAGCCUUUGCCCUAUGAACCUGAGGAUUACCCCCAUUCAUUAUAAGAAAUAGCUUCCCUUGCCUGUCAGGGAGGAGGGCAGGGCGGUAGAGAGUGUGGUAAGGGGGUGAUGGUAUGGAAUAUGGAAUCUGUUUCUGUCUGUACUGGUGAGAUGGGGAAGAAGUUAAUUCUACCUGUACUUGGUGAGUAGACUUGACAUAAAAGACCAUCCCUCAUCCCGAUACUGCUAAUUCAGUGAUUCUGUGAGACUCACCGUGUCCAUACCCUGUAUCCUCCUUUCAUUGUAGUUGUCUCUACCCCAGACUGUGGUGCCAUGACUUUUUUUGUUGUUUUAUAUUUGGCCAAAAUAUUCUGAUUUAGAUACAGAUAUUUACAGAAGAUGGGGAGGAAGGGGGCCAGGCCAGAGACGGGCAGGUAUAUGUACAAUACUGAGCUGCAAAGGGCAACAGCCUCCUGACUAAGGUAGGUUUUUUGUGCACAUUGGUUCCCAUCUCAUAUAACAAUGUCCAUUUCUGGUAUGUGGAGAGACAGUGGCCACUGCCCACCCAGAUACCGGCAAUAGGAGACUGUUUUGGGAAGAAGUGGGGUUUACAGGAGUCCAGCAGGUCCUUUCCGCUCUCCUAGGAGCCAGUAAGUUCGCAUCUUUCCUUUUCCCUGAAAGUGGGAGAGCAGAGAUAAUUUAAAUUCUUCUGUGAUAGUCCCUUUAUUUUACUCUCUUCCCCCAUAAUCCCCAUAAUCACUUUUAUCCUCCCUUUCCAUUACCCUCUCCCCAUGGCCUGCCAUCACCUUCAUCUCCACAUCUCCCCGAAGCUCUAGCUGGAAGCACCCUAGCUCAUCCAGGGCAUCCUUGGUGGUAGAGGAAACAUGGAUCUUCAAGGCUGGCAAGGGAUGGGGGGAUGGUGGGAAGAAAAGUCAAAGAAAAGGCAACAGAAGCAGGGGUGGCAUUGGAGGGAGCUUUACCCAACCAACCACCUCUCAGGAGGCUCUCAGUGUCCCCAAAGCACUUUCACAGGAACUAAAAUACCCACUUCCCACUCCCUACUUCACCCAAGGGCAGGGGCAGUUAGGAACUGUAUUCUCCCAAGCUGAGAAAUCAGAAGGGACUCUGAAAACAAAGGGGCAAAAUUGAAGUUGAGGCUGGAGUUGAGGGCUAAUGUCUCACCUUGACCACUGGAUUCCAUUCGAGAAGCAGUAUUCACCGUGUCUCCAAAAAGACAAUAGCGGGGCAUCUUCAGGCCAACAACCCCAGCACAGACUGGCCCUAUUAGAAGCAAACAGGUUGGGAGAGCCUGGGAAAGGUGGAGACUAGGGCUGGGGGUAGAGGCAACCUUACCAGUAUGGACCCCUAUGCGUAGCCUCAGCUGGUCAUGGGGUCGGUGGCGGAUACGGAAGGAAGAAACUGCAUCCAGUAAUGCUAGGGCCAUCCGAGCAAUUUCUGGGGCAUGGCGUUGACCAUUUCGACCUGGCAGGCCAGAUACAACCAUGUAGGCAUCUCCAAUCGUCUCCACCUGAUUGGAAAGGGGAUUAAGAGGUCAUCACUAUCUGUAUCAGUGGGAAUGGGGAAGAAUAGAAGGAGACAAGCUGGACACCACUACGAAUCAUCCUGAUAGCAUGGGAGGCCAGAAAAUGAGUGCCAUGAUCCUGAGAUUGAAAUCCCUCUCCACCCCAGCACCUUGUGAAUAGUUUGUAAAUGUUUGCUAAAUGAGUGGAUUCCUGGUCUGCAACAGGACAAGGACAAAUACGCUCUGCUGUCAGGAUGCAAGAAAACGGCUAAACCAAAGAGGACAGAGUGCUGUGAGAAGGUAAAGCAGGCCUUGUGAAAUGGGCCUCAGACAGCUCAAACUGUGAAAGGGGAAGAAAGCAGGCACUUGAUUUUGUUCAUUGUACUGUAGCUAUGUAAGAGAAUGUCCUUGUUUUUAGGACGUACACACUCAAGUAUUUAGAGAUAAAGGGCCACUAUAUCUGGAACUUAUUCUCGAAUAGUUCAGAAAAUGGAUGGAAAGGAGGAAGAGAGGAAGAUAGGUUGAUUUUAAAAACAAAGUAAACUGAGGAAAAUAUAAACAACUGGUGAAUCUGGGUAAAGAGUUCAUGGAGUUCUUUGUUACAGUAGUAACAGAGAUGGUAGAGUAAGUCCAAAGGGAAGGGAGAGGAAAGGAUAUUAUCUGCCAUUACAAAGCUAUUAUUCCCAUCUCACAGAUAAAACAACAGAGGCUCAAGGAGAUUCCAUUACUUGCCCAAGGCCACACAGUUAAUUACAAAACCCGUAUUCAGAUCUAGACCAUUUUUACUGCAAAGCACAAUGAAGUCCACCCUCUGCCAACUCGAUGACUUCACCAAAAACUUUAUAGCAGUUUUUUCAUAACCUGCCCCUCACCCCAAUGAAUCUUUCUGUACCCACAUCUUGUAUGAUUCUUCCACAUCUGGAGAGGGCUGGAGAAAGAGGAAAAAUGGGAAGGUUGUCUUUAUACCCCUGGAGCAAAGAAGAAGCAGUUAGGGGCUAAACCUUGGGUAGUUAUGGUUCUGAUCAGGGAAGCCUAAGGAUUCACAAAAAAUUAGACUGGAGUGUACAGUUAUAGCACCAGCACCAGUUUUAUCUACAAAGAGCACUAGGAUGCCAGAGAGAAAACUCAUCCUGAAGUGGGAAAGGUGUGUGUGGUAAAGGGAGAUAGGGUUUUAAAGAGGUCUCAAUAAAAGGGUAGCCUCAGUUCUCACCUUGUAGACGUCAAAGUUGUCAAUUAUGGCAUCAAAGCAGGUAUACAGGUCAUUAAGAAGUGUCACCACCUGACAGGGAUGGGAAAGUAGAGGGCCUGAGACUUGUGCCCAACUUUCUAAGAAGUCUCAACCCACAAGCCCUAACAAGAUACGGGAACUCCAGAACAAACUCCCUAUUAUCAAGGAACCCCUAUGUGCCAAUGAAGCUCCCCAGGUCCCUAUCCCACUCCCUACCUCUCACCCAUGGCUCUCACCUGCAUGGGGGUGCUCUCCGCCGACAAGGCUGUGAAGCCAACAAUGUCACUGAAGUAGAUGGUGACACUGUCAAAGGCCUCAGCCUGUACAGUCUCUCCCCGUUUUAGCUGCUCUGCCACUGAACUAGGAAGCAAAGGAGAAAUUUGAACCUAACUCAGAAAGGAGUAUAUGGCUGUAGCAAGAAUGAGUGCUAAUGUGAAAGCUGAGCUUGGUGGAGAAGAAAGGUGUCUGGGAAGACAUGGUCUAGGGCGAAAUAAGUGAUGGAAGUUGGGAGGGGAUCCCAGGAGGAUGGGGGCCAUGUGCCUCUAUUUAGGACUUUUACAUAUACUUGCUGGAGCAAGGACAUGGUAGAGCAGUUUUUUCCUAAGGAAAAGGGAUAGAAAGACAGAAGGCAGCACAGCUCAUUUGGAGACAGAAUGAGUCUAUAGCCAGAAGGGCUCACCGUGGGAAGAUAGAAUAACAAAGCAGGGUUCUAAGGGUUGGAAAGUGACUUCUCAGGAGGUCAAUAAGGCAGAACCUAGCAGAGCAAAUCCCAAAGGAAAACUCAGGAAGAGGUCAAAGGUCUCACUGGGGUAGAAUUUGGUAGAGCAGAGCCUCAGCCUUGCGUUUCUCCUCCAGAUAGGCCUGUGUGCGUUCCUCCACCAACUUCUCCAGGUUAUUGGCAUACUGCUCCAUGCGCAGCAGGAGGUUGUCCAAUAUGCUGGUGCCACCCUCUCUGGGGGGGGGGGGAGGCCAAGAUAUGGUACCUGCUCCACAAUUACCAGGACUCCCAGGACUUCCUCCCCAACCCACCGUCUGAACCCACCAGUCCCACCUCAUCCUCCCAUACUGAUGAGGCUUCUGUGCCUGGGGAACCCCUGUCCCUUCGUGCCCUCUCACUUGUUAAAGCGACGAAUGAAGCCCUUAAUUUGUCCGAAGUCUGGCCGUUCAGCUGGGUCCUGGGCCCAACACCGCUCCAUCAGCAAAACUAGCUCUUCGUUCAGUUGGGUUCUGUCAAUGCUUGGCCGGAAAUAGGGCCGCUGACCAUUUCGGACCUUCUGGACAAUCUCUGAGGGUGAUAAAUUGUUUGGAUGAAGGACAGGGCCCCUCAGGUAGAAGAGGCUGUGGGUAGUGGAUUGACUGUCACCUUUGGGGCUGAGGUCCAGGCCCUCCAAGUAGAAAGGACCACUGCGAAGUGCUAUCUCUUGUAAGAUGAUCCCAAAGCUAUAGACAUCAGCCUUCUGCAUGCCUGUGGUUGGUAAGGGGUUCCCACCGAGCACUUCGGGGGCAGUCCACAACUUCUCUGAAAAGAAGGAACAGGCUGGCCAAGUCCCCAAAAUAGGACUCCCCCAUGCCCAACCAGGCUCAUCCCCAUAAUGUUUCCCAUGAUACUAACACCCCAUAUCCCUCUCCCACCUUCCCGAGGUGGAGAUGAUCAGGGUCAGAGAAGCAGUAUAAAAAGUGGGUGGUGGGGGAAGGGCCUCACUGGCAUAGAGGGCGUGGCUGUCAUCAGGCUCAGCAGUUGAUCGGAAGCUGGCCAGGCCAUAGUCUGUGAUUUUGAGCACAAAGCGACUAUCCACCACACAGUUGGAGGACUUGAGACUCCCAUGGGAUGCAAUAAUGCUGUUGUGGAGAAAGGCCAUGCCCUGCAGGAUACAGAUCAAGUCACGGGUUUGGAUCCUAUCUCGAUGGGGAUACCCCCUCUCCAUGGCAGGGGAGUGGGCUAGCUGUCUAAACAUCUUGGGACCAUAAAAACAAUAUGCUGAUUUUGGAAGGCAUCCUUUGCAUGAUUUCUACUCAAGGAAGCAGGCAGACAGAAGAGUCAUCCCUCCUUGGUACCAUAAACUGUAUACAGGCACCAGGAGAAAUACUUAGGAGGAGGGACGAGGGGAACUAUCGGUUAUUACCCCUGAAAGGACAGUCUGUCUUCUGGAUAGAGAAGGGAAGAGAACUAACUGUGAGGGUGAACUCCGAGAAUGAUAUACUACCCAUGGUGGCCUCAAAUGCAUGACCACUAGUUAGAAAAACAUGGCGUGAGACCUGGGUAUCAAUAAAAGUUAGAUGCACCAAGAAAGAAGGACCAGUUGUAAACACUAAUGCAUUACCAUGUGUAGGCAGGCAGGUCAGGGUGGAGGAGGAAUAUGACUGACUAGAGGGGAUGCUGAGCCAGAGAGAAAGUGGACAAACUAGUAAAUUAGAAAAAUCUGAAAAACGAACAAAAGAAGGAGACAGCUGCCAAGCCAAUGCAGAAACCUGAAACUCUUGGCCCUAUAGGCCAGAGAGGAGAAAAUCUAUGCCUGUGAAGGACUAAAAGUCAGGUCCCAAGAGGGCAGAGUGGUGCUUCUCAAAAAUGAAAUCCUGGGAGCCCACCCGAGUCAGUUCAGGUGGGACAGAAAAAGGAUACAGCAUUCUAUACGUUAACCUAAAACGUCUCUGUAAAUGUUUAGCUCUGAACCUAAGCAAUUCAUAACUCUAGUGUCUGAAUUCUUUUUUAUACAGUAAAACUUUGAUAUCGACAAAGCCUUUGGGAAUCUCCAAAUGUAUG